AUGGUCAGCAUACACUCUACCCUUAAUUUACUUCCAAAAUCUUCCGAAAAAGUUGGGUUUUUCCAGGGUUCUUUUUUGCACGUCAAUUCCGAAAUUCCUGAUAUUACUAAAGGACCCCACGGUCUUUUUCUUGAUUACGGCUCUUUUGCUGCUUGUUUUUGUAAUGAAUGUGAUGGUAGUAAAAUUGAGCUUUACACUUGUAAGGGAGAUUGUGAAAUUAAAUGUCCACCUCAUACUCGGAAAUGUUCUAAAUGUGCCAGUAAUAAUUAUUUGAAUAGGCAUAAAAUUAAUCGAAAGUAUUAUGCCAAUCGGAAAUCUCGUUUAAAUUCUAUUACUUCUAAAGAAUCUUUAAUAAAUAACUCCGAUUCUGUUGCUGAUAUUAUAGAAAUUUGGAAUAAUUCUUGGUCUGAAAUUUUUGAACAGCUUCCGU